AUGUCAAACCUUAUUAGAAGUCGUAAGGCGGUGACGACUGCACAGAUGUCGCCUCCCCCGACUCAGCCUUCAGCUGCCACUGCUCUAGCACAGAUGGACCACAUGCUAGUUGGUCCUAGGGGCUCCCCUGCACCGUCGUCAUCAACAUCAUCUGUGGCGCAACCUGUUAGUGCCAGGCGUCGUCAUUGCCCCCCCAGCACGACCAACACAACCUCCACAGACGGUACGGGUGCGUCGGGCCAAGAAGAACACCCGGGGGCCUUGUCAGUAGUUGAAGACGGCGAAGGUCACCCGGGUGACCAACAGUGGUAUCAACAUCGGAUACGACGAGCGGCAUCGGGCUGCAGCAACGGCAGAAUUGCAUAG